AUGUCUACCGAAGAACAUAAGAUCAUCAGGGAAUUGGAAAAGGAUGUCGAAAGAGAUUUAGAAGAUGAACUCAAGGACGGUAUAUACCAUCUUGCGUUUAGGUUGCAUCGGCUUUAUCAACAUCAAAAAGAAAGAUAUGGAGGUGAAUCAUCUGACCCUAAUACCAAUACCAAAGCCCUUUCAGAGCUCAACAUAAAUAUACGAAUGGAAAAUGGAACUAAAAUAGAAAUCAAGGAGCUGAAGAACGGAAGCACACAAGAAAGAGUAACACGUCCUAAGAGUUCUACAUCGAUGAACCUCAACAGAAUCAUUCCUCCGAACAAAACCAAGUUCAAUUGGGAAAGUACACUUCGAUCAGAACCCGUUAUCAAGAAAAUUGGCAACUCGACUAAGCCGAAGUCCAUAAAUAAAGUAAUUGGAAGGGACAUAAAAGGUAACCGGGCCGUGGCAAUGAGAACGGAGAAAGUACCAUUAAAGAAAAAUAUAUUGCAAACCCGUUUGACGAAUUAA